AUGAUGCUACGUAGUACCCUUCCUCAGAAUGGAGAGGAUUUAGAUCUAGGGAAAAUAACUAAACAAAAUACAGACCAUAAUAAGGAAUAUAGCUGUGAAUUUGACGUUGUAGUAGUACGUAAAGAUAUCUCCAAGUCACCAAGUCCUACUACGAAACUCCAACAAAAACAGAAAAAAAGACCAGACGCGAAUGAAACACGAAAAAAGGCUAACUCGCACAUACCGGUGUUAAGACAACGUAGUGGAAAAGAAGUAGAUAAAAUAAAUUUGGAAAAAAAGGUUGAAAAUCCCGCGGAAAAGCGUGUCCGAUGGGAUGACGUGAAUUUAGUUCAAGUUUCUUCGCCACUUAUCAAGCAUUCUCCGAUAUCGGCAAAGGAGAAACGCGUAAUUAAAUCUUUCUCACCUUAA